UCAGACGCGAGGAGGCUGACUUCCUGUUUAGCUCUUCCCUGCAGCUCAGCUGACUUCCCAGCCAUGCGGUUCCGUUUCUGUGGAGAUCUGGACUGCCCCGACUGGGUACUCGCUGAAAUCAGCACAUUGGCAAAGAUUUCAAGUGUGAAAACGAAACUCCUUUGUGCUCAAGUGCUGAAGGAUUUGCUGGGAGAGGGCAUUGAUUAUGACAAGGUCUCAAAGCUUACUGCAGAUGCAAAGUUUGAGAGUGGAGACAUCAAAGCUAGUGUGGCCGUGCUCAGCUUCAUAUUUUCCAGCGCAGCCAAGCAUGAUGUUGACAGUGAGUCUCUGUCCAGUGAGCUGCAGCAGCUCGGUCUACCUAAAGAGCACACGACAGGGCUCUGCAAAUCAUAUGAAGAUAAGCACUCUGCACUGCAAGACAAGCUACGAGAGACAAGCCUGAGAUUGGGGCGUUUGGAGACAGUGUCCUGGCGUGUAGACUACACUUUGAGCUCCAGUGAACUGAGGGAGGUGAAUGCACCAACGAUUCAGCUUAAACUGCAGGCACGAGGAGCUGAGUCAGGCUCCACCGAGACCACUGUUGUUUCUGUUUCCGCUGACAAGUUCAGAGUCCUGCUUGCUGAGCUCAAACAGGCCCAGGCAAUGAUGAAUGCACUACAGUAAAGAGGGGGGGACAAGUCAGACCACUGCACUAAAAUGAGCUGAUAGGCUGCCUAAGUGCCAGACUCACAUCUUGUACAGUGAAAUAUUUGUAUGAUUAAAGUAAUUUCAAAUGUCAUAUAAAUGGCACGUAUUGACUGAUAUGAAAUUGUAUUUUUCUACCACAUUAAUUGUAGUGGAAAUGUGUAAGAGUGGGUGAUUUGUCACUUAAACAAGGCAACUAAAUGGACCAUUUUUUGUACAAUGUUGUAAAGCAAUUCACGCUUUUCUAUUUGAAUUAUGUUGAAAAUGUGUUUACCUUCAUAUGCAUAUACAUAUCCAAAUAAAAUGUUGAACAUG